UCCUCCCCGCCAGGCGGCUGCCGUUGUCCGAACACGCUGGCGCGGGGUGCCGGGGACCCUGGCCCGCUCGGGCAGCAACCGCAGCUCGGGAGCGGGGCUGCCAGCCCUGCGCCUGAGCGGCGGACUCGCCCGGGAGCCUCGGGCAGCGGGCGGGGCGCCGUGUGCGGUGGCGCGCAGGGAGGCGGCCCGGCGUGUGCAGAGCGGUCCGGACUGAAGACUGUGUGUGUGCGUGCGCGCGGGUGUACGUGUCUUUGCGCGUGUUUUUCCUUCUUCCCUCGAGGAUGUGAAUGGCUUCGCAGCUGGCUGCUCCCUUAGGAUUCUAGACUUUGUGGAGCUCUGGGUUGUGAGCACAACCCACCCAUAUAAUCUAUUUUGCACGGUCGGUUUGUAUCAGGAGAAAAAAGCGCAACUGGACGGGGGUGGGGCAGAUCAACGAAACCUGGAAAUACAAACAUGCACACACAACACUCACAAGAGAGAGGAAGAAUGAAAGAUCUGGGAAGCUUUUCAUAACCUUCCUGCUGGCCCUUCCUUUUUCCGGAAAUAUUCUGGAUCUUUUCAACCUUUUGAAGUCAUCUUGGCUUUUUUUUUUUAUAAGCCACUCUCCUACUAGCUGUGUAUGUGUGUGUGUGUGUGCGCGCGCGCGCUUAUCUGAUGCAUUUGACUGUCUUUUAUCAAACUGCCCAGAAGCAAAUGUGUUAACUCAGCGGUGUCCCUCUAUGCCCGGGUUCUCGAAGAGCGCGGAGGACGCCCAGACCGGUUUUCCCGGUUGGAUUCGGAAGGGCUGCUCAACUGUGGACCCUUUUGUGUGGAUCACUUUACCCGGAGGCUUGGAAAGCGCCAGUAUUAACCUGCUUUCAGGUACAUCACAAGGUCAUCAGAGGGUCUUGCAGCUGUCUUGUUUCUGUGCAUCCAGACCUUCCUGUCUUGGCCAAAAGGAUAUUUACGUUUUGGUCCACAUAAUUUGACGCCCAAACUUAAGCCUUUCGAGCUGGUUUCUGCACAAACAAGGUUAACAAGGAUUGCCUUUCAAACUGCUUAACAAAAUCCCCGACUCUUCGACUCUUCCUCAGUCCGUUCCUGGCUCUCUCCUCCCCAUCAAAAUGUCACCAGCUCUUUAAAUUACGUGGAUUUGGGUUGGAGGAGAACUUGAAGGAAACGUGAUCAAACGGCUAUGCCAGACCACUCUCUUCGCUGCCUGUGGUCCGGUGAGCAUCGAAGCCAAUCGUGAGAAGAACCAGUCCCCUCCUUGCUUUUCUUUCCCGUGCUGUUACUGGGUGUGAGUGUGCAAGUGUGAAUGCGAGUGCGCGCGCGCCUGGGUGCGAGUGUGUGAGUGUGUUUGAGUGCGUGUGCCUGUGUGUGCGUGCGCGGCCGCCCUGCCUCUGCCCGCUCCCUGGGUGCAGAAACGCGGGUUUCAUGGGGCAAUCGCCGCGGAUCCCCCACCCAGCGCGACCUGCGGGCAGCGGCGGCAGUGGCAGGAGCCGCCUUCCGGACUCCCUAGGAUGCGGGUGCUGAGCUAUGGCAAAGGGCAGCGAAGUGACGAGCGAGACCCGCGUACGACUGUGAAAGCCACCUGGAGCCACCUUGCCGGGAUUGUACCUGCGGGCAGAAAGUCCUCCUACGACCGUCUUUCCUAUCGAGGCACCAGAGUCCCUGUAACCAUUCUGCCAGGUGUUGGGAAGAUAUGCAGUAGCUGAGCAUCCUUACUUCUGACCCCAUCCUCAAUAUCAACUUUGGAGAUGGUUUCACCCUGUCGGUCUUCUGCAGCAGCCGGGCAGAGUGCUGACUCCUUCUCAGCGGUGAGGAACUCUUCAGGCUCCAGAAGCUCUUAAAUCUGAUCUACAAUGGAAAAAUUUCUUUUUUAUCUGUUUUUCAUUGGCAUAGCAGUGAAAGCUCAGAUCUGUCCAAAGCGUUGUGUCUGUCAGAUUCUGUCUCCUAAUCUUGCAACCCUUUGUGCCAAGAAAGGGCUUUUAUUUGUUCCACCAAACAUUGACAGAAGAACUGUGGAACUGCGUUUGGCAGACAAUUUUGUUACAAACAUUAAAAGGAAAGAUUUUGCCAAUAUGACCAGCCUGGUGGACCUGACUCUAUCCAGGAAUACAAUAAGUUUUAUUACACCUCAUGCUUUUGCUGACUUACGGAAUUUGAGGGCAUUGCAUUUGAAUAGCAACAGAUUGACUAAAAUUACAAAUGAUAUGUUCAGCGGGCUUUCCAAUCUCCAUCAUUUGAUAUUGAACAACAAUCAGCUGACUCUCAUUUCUUCUACAGCAUUUGAUGAUGUCUUUGCCCUUGAGGAGCUGGAUCUGUCCUAUAAUAAUUUAGAAACAAUUCCUUGGGAUGCUGUUGAGAAGAUGGUUAGCUUGCACACCCUUAGUUUGGACCACAAUAUGAUUGAUAACAUCCCUAAGGGGACUUUCUCGCACUUACACAAGAUGACUCGGCUAGAUGUAACAUCAAAUAAAUUGCAGAAACUACCACCUGACCCUCUCUUUCAGCGAGCUCAGGUACUCGCAACCUCAGGAAUCAUAAGCCCAUCAACUUUUGCAUUGAGUUUUGGUGGAAACCCUUUGCAUUGCAAUUGUGAAUUGUUGUGGUUGAGGCGUCUGUCCAGAGAGGAUGACCUGGAGACCUGUGCUUCUCCAGCACUUUUAACUGGCCGCUAUUUCUGGUCCAUUCCUGAGGAAGAGUUUUUGUGUGAGCCUCCUCUCAUUACUCGGCAUACACAUGAGAUGAGAGUCCUGGAGGGUCAGAGGGCAACCCUGAGGUGCAAAGCCAGGGGAGACCCUGAACCUGCAAUUCACUGGAUUUCUCCUGAAGGGAAGCUUAUUUCAAACGCAACAAGAUCUCUGGUGUAUGAUAAUGGAACACUUGACAUUCUUAUAACAACUGUAAAGGAUACAGGUGCUUUUACCUGCAUUGCUUCCAAUCCUGCUGGGGAAGCAACUCAAACAGUGGAUCUGCAUAUAAUUAAGCUCCCUCACUUACUAAACAGUACGAACCAUAUCCAUGAGCCUGAUCCUGGUUCUUCAGAUAUCUCAACUUCUACGAAGUCAGGUUCUAAUGCAAGCAGCAGUAAUGGUGAUACUAAGAUGAGUCAAGAUAAAAUUGUGGUGACAGAAGCAACGUCGUCUACAGCACUACUUAAAUUUAAUUUUCAAAGAAACAUCCCUGGAAUACGAAUGUUUCAGAUCCAGUACAAUGGUACUUAUGAUGACACCCUUGUUUACAGAAUGAUACCUCCUACGAGCAAAACUUUUCUUGUCAAUAACCUGGCUGCUGGAACUACGUAUGACUUGUGUGUCCUGGCAAUAUAUGACGAUGGCAUUACUUCCCUCACUGCCACAAGAGUCGUGGGUUGCAUCCAGUUUACUACAGAGCAGGAUUAUGUGCGAUGCCAUUUCAUGCAGUCCCAGUUUUUGGGAGGCACCAUGAUUAUUAUUAUUGGUGGAAUCAUCGUAGCAUCUGUACUGGUUUUCAUCAUCAUUCUAAUGAUCCGGUAUAAGGUUUGUAACAAUAAUGGGCAACACAAGGUGACCAAGGUCAGCAACGUCUACUCUCAAACUAACGGGGCUCAGAUACAAGGCUGCAGCGUGGCGCUGCCCCAGUCCAUGUCCAAACAAGCCGUGGGACACGAAGAGAAUGCCCAGUGUUGUAAAGUUGCCCAAGACAAUGUGAUACAAUCUUCGGAAACUUGUCCAAGUCAGGACUCCUCUACCACUACCUCCGCUUUGCCUCCUACCUGGACUUCAAGCACUUCUGUGUCCCAGAAGCAGAAAAGAAAGACUGGCAUGAAGCCAAGUACCGAACCACAGAGUGAAGGUGUCAUAAAUGUUGAGUCCCAAAACACUAACAGGAACAACUCCACUGCCUUGCAGUUAGCUAGUCGACCUCCUGAUUCUGGCACAGAGGGUCCCACAUCUAAAAGAGCACAUUCAAAGCCAAGUAAGUUUCUCACUUUGCCUGCCGAGAGAUCCCGAGCAAGGCACAGGUACUCCCUGAACGGAGAAUUAAAGGAAUACUAUUGUUAUAUUAACUCACCGAACACAUGUGGACUGUUUUCUAAAAGGAGCAUGUCUAUGAAUGCGAUGUUAAUUCAGCCCCACAGUUCUGAUGGGUGUAGUGGAAAAGCAACUCUUUCAAAUUCCGAGUGGAUGUUGGAAAGCACUGUGUAACCUAUGAUUACUUUUUAAUGAAAAAAUUAUUUUGAGAACUCACAUAGGAAAUUGGAAUUUGAAAUCCCAGUCUUGUCUCUCUGAUGUAUGGCUCUAGAGCCACGGUGUAUAAAACCUCUAGGGUACAGUUACUUCAUAUAUGUACAUGCAUAUAUGAAGGUGAUAUACCUAUGUAUGUAUAUAUCAAAUGGUUUAGGGAAAAAAGCAUGACAGCAGUGCCUUCCCUUAUUCUGAGACCGGCUUCCAGGUUCUGCAGUAGCAGAUCACAAAGUGAAAGUUAUCAUGAAAAAAAAAAAAAGGCUUGCAUAAAUAAUGAUAUCUCCUCCAGUCUUUCAAAAUACCACCUAUGGAUGAUUGGUAUUUUUCAAUGAAUAGAUUGUAUAUUUUCUUUCAAUAUCAGCGGCAUUUGUUUUUAGGCAGAUAUUUUAGAGAAUAGCUCUGUGUCAUUAUGUUAUUUAAAAUUAAAUAUUCAAAUACGUCUACCUAGGCAGGGUUAAAAUAUGCCCCCUUCUAAACAACAGUCUUGGUUCAGGUGCCUUAUGGUUCUAUGAUGUUUCUCAUCCAUGGCACAGAUUUGUCAGUGGGAAGCAGAAGAAAAUGCAAUUGAUUUUUUAUUUAUCAAGAAAAGCCAAUUCAGCUUUAAGUCACAGGCCAGUUUUAAGUCACAUGUGUCUGCCUGGGCAUAUGAAGAUGUUUUCAUUCAUUCAACACAUGUUUGCUGAAUGAAUGAGCUUUAUAUUUUUCUUAAUGCAAGUUAAAUAGAGAGACAAAAAUACAAAACUGCCUUUAUCAAAGGGGUAUUUAUUUUUAUCACCAAGUAAAAUAAAAAUCUUCUAAUGGCAUUCUUAUUACAUUUAUAAGCAAUAUAAAGUCAUUGCUCAUUAACCAGAUAGUUUCGUUUUUCCCUCCUGUGCUGUAAUUCUGAAUCUGAAUGCUUCUCUCUUAGAGUAAAUAUAUUUAUUAUUUGAACCAAAUCUUGUGAUGAAAUUUAAUUAGAAAUUAUACAACUUAGUGGGAAUACAUCAUUUUAAAAAGGAUUUUUAAUUUAAUCUGACAAUAAUAUUUCUCCCUGAUAGUAUGGCAUUCUUGGACAGUCACUGAAAUCAAGAUCUGUAGACAAAUGUUCUCUCUACUCCUUGAAAUUUUUAAAAUAUUAUAUGCUAAAUUGAUGGUGUUUUAUUAAAGAUCAGUAAAUGGGGGUUUGGGUAUUUUUUUUUUCGAGAGUAGGGCUCAUGUGGGAACCUUGCACAAAAAAUAUUAGCCAUAAUAUAGUAAGAUGUGUACUUUGUGUAAAGUACUCCCUGGGAGUAAGUUAAACCCACAGUAAAAGUUCAUUAACUCUUUCAGAUUACUUGAGAUACCAUUUAAAAUACAGGUGAGGAGUGUCAGUCAUUAGUUUAAUUUCCUCUUGCUGGAUGCAUUUGUAACAUUUUCAGUCAAUUUUAACUCAACAGAGGCACAUCUUAUGCAUGAUGUAUUGUGAUUAGACACUCAAAAGUAGCUUAGAUUAAAGCCCAGUUAGAGAUUACUUUCUGAGCCAGUCUUGAAAAAACCUGUCUAAUGGGCUUUCAACACCUUGGGUGUUUCCUACAUGCCUUCUCUGCCCCGCUUCUCUUCCUGAAGUUUGCCUUUCACGUCUCUAAAAUCUAAUCAGCCUUUGUGGGUCAGGUAUAUAGUUCUUGUGAAGAAUAAAUGAGGUCACGUGUGUAGUGGUAUUUUGUAAAACCAAAACAUUACUCAAAGUGAAGUGUAUUCUCAACACUCAUUCUGUAAUAAUGGUCUAACCCCCAACUAAAUAUUUUUAAUUAACACUAAUUAAUUAAUUCUUCAUCAAGUGCUGAUUGACAAAAGCAUAUUACUUGUCCCCUUCUUAGGUUUUUACCUGCAUAGCAUUGAACAAUCCUGAAUACAUAAAAGUUUUCAAGAAUUAAAGACAUGACUCCCCAAACAAAGAGUCUCUGGCAUUAUGAAGGCUGUGGUCAGGGGGGCCCCAGAAUCACACAGAACAGGCAGCAGCUUGGUGUGUCACCUCCAAGCUACUGAUUAACUUAUUUUCUGUUUUCCAAUUGCCUAUAUUUUUUAAGGUCAAUUUCCUGCUUGUGUUUCUAAUGAAAGUUCAGCUAAAUAUCUUUUAUUUCUCAUAAACAUUUAGAACUCUGUAAUACCUAAUCUUCUGAAAUUUAUUCUGUUUAGCUAAAGCCAUUGAAACCGUUUAAACGAUUGUUAUUACAUUUACAAGAUUAUUUUUAGGGUGAAUUAAUCAAAUGCUUGAACUCUUGUUCUGGAAGUGAUAUGAAGGCCUGUGUUCCUAUCUUGCAAGAAGUUUAUGUUUGAACAAAAGAUUUGAACAAAAGAUUGGCCUAUCAAGAGUGUCAAAUGUUAUUUGGUUUUGUUUAUAAGUAUAUGAACUAUGUUUUUCUCAGGGCAGUUUGAGUGUGAAGUGACUGAAAGAUAAGUCUAUGGGAAGGUUGGGGCUGAUUAAAGGCACUUGGUGUAAUACCCAAAACGCGGUAGUUACUCAGAUGAAUGAAUGUGCAAGUGAAUAGAUGACUAACUCCUUGAAUGGAGCAAGGGAAGAAGGUGCAAUAAUAAGAAUUUUGAUUAAUUAAGACAAUAGAGAUUUGUGAUCCAAGUAUUAUAUUACUAUAAGCAAGGAAUUCUGUCCCUCCUUUUGCUUUUCUUUCUGCCGUUUCUUACAUUCCUUAUUUAACCAGCUACAUACGUGUGGUCCAAAGCAUAUGGUUUUGCUGUUUGUUGCUGCUGACAGUGUAUAGGUUGUAGAUGUUGUUUUGGCUUCCCUGUUCUUAAUUAUUUUUCUUUAAUUUUUAGCCAUUUUACACCAUGGUGUCAGCUUGUUCAGUAUGAAAACUAACGAAUAAUGUAUGUACAGAUUUUUACUCCAAGCAUUUUUAAAAUUAUAUGUGUUCCUGUGUUAGUUUUUUUUUUUUCAUUUCUUUUGGAUAAUUGUCCCCCAAUUUGAACAUGUCAAACUACUAUUAAAGUAAGUCUUUAAAAAAUGUGUAAUAUAUGAGUCCCAUGAAGGGAUAAUGAAGCAUCUAAAGCAGCCUCAAAAAUCCUAACAGUUUGAUUUGAUGAAUAUUAUUCAUUUUAGUCUACAAGUAGAUUAGCAAAAAGUACAUUAAAUGCAGUAGUUUAAAUUAGAUACAGUAACACCUUCACUGAAGACAACAUAUUUUCUAUAUUUUUUACAACCAUUAAAUGUAGUAGUUAAGUUGAGUUCACAGUAAGCUGUUUAAUGCUUUUAGACAGUUGCUUUUUGCUGCUUUGCAGAUAUAAUUCACUAAAAACUUUUAGAAUGUAAGUUUUUGAGCUAUUGCAAGCCAUCUUUAGACAUAACAAGUUUACUAUCUGAAUGUUACAUACUUUCUCUACGAGAAUCUAAGAAAUGCUUAAAAAUUAAAUGUCUUCCAUUUGUCUAUAGGAAUCUCUUUUCAUCUUUUUUUGUUAAGUAUUUCUUCCUUCACUUUAAAGCACUGAAAAAAGUACUUACAUCCAAACUAAAUUUUAACUGUUUUAUUUGCUUGUAUUACUAAAAGGAAACUAAAUAUUUAAUUUAUAAAACAAAAAAAAGUUACUGAAGCAUUUAUCACAAAAUUCACAUCAGUAGCCUUUUGAUUCCUAAGUUUUAAUAUUAUCCACUCUGUUUAUUCACAGUAAUAAACUUAAAAACAAUCAUUAAAAUGCCAAGAGUUUAAAGAAUUCCAAAAACAAAAAGCAUCUUUUUGUACAUUGAGUCGUGAUGGUCAAUGGGACAUCUGUUCAAAGAAAAUUGAGAUACGAGCCCAUUCUCUUUUCAGUGUGGCAGAAGUCCAGUUCCAUUUUAUAAUUCUCAGCACACAAUGGUCAUUUAUACUAGAGAGAGUGAAGACUGUGUACUCUUUUUCCCUUUGCUCAGCCUUCCCUUGAGUCUCAGGUAGAGUCCAGUCUUUCUGCUUCAGCAGUGUCUAUGUGUGAGUUUGUGUGUGAGAGAGUUUUGGAGAAAGGACUUCAGCACAAAGAUAGAUUGGAUGGAAAAGAAAUUUUUUUCUUAACCUCCUCAGUUGGUAAUAAAACACUAAUAAUAAUAAUAAUAAUAAUAAUAAUAAUAAUAAUAAUAAUAAUAAUAAAAUAAUGAUAAUUUACCUUAUAAUGUUUGUGAGUUACAUGUUAGUUGAGUUAAGUUUGUGGGUAAAAAGUAAAUCACUGUUAAAAUUUCAUAGAGAAGAGAGAAAAUAACCAAAAUUAAUGACUGGGCUUUGCUAUCAGUUUCAGAGCUCUGUGUCUCAGACUACUCAGUCCUUUUCCUUCCUGUGCCAGAAAAAUGCAUGCUGGGAUUACAAAUGCAGCUAGUUUUGUCAGAUUUCAGGGUAUUUGUCUGGUUUUUUUGUGUUUUUGGGGUGGGUUUUUGGUAACAAACAAUCUUACAGCGGCAAGAUCACUUAAUAUGGGAAGAAUGGUAAACAUAUUACCUGGAUUGAGUCCUGCCAAAUAUGCAGCAUUUAUCUAAAGUGAGACAUAGAAAUUAACAGUUUGUGACUGGGGGUAUACUGAAGUAUGAGAUUACCUCUUGAAGGUAAUGCUAAAGCAUUUGCAAUUUCAUCAAAUAGUACAAAUACUCAUUAUAAUAAAAUAAUCAGUGUGCCAUUGUCUUCUGAUUUGGUCAGCUAUUUCAAAGUCAAAAUUUAGGAUCUAAAGUGACCAUCGAAUAAAAUACAUACACUAUAUAACAUAUACUUUUAUAUCUGUAUAUGUAAUAUGUGGCUAUAUUAACAUGUAUACUUAUAAAUUAAUCAUUGCAAAUCACAAUUUGGAGGCCUGCAACGUGGGCUGGAAGUAAUGUAAUAAAACUAGGUUUCAGUGGGCUGCCUGUUAGAGGACUGCUCCCAGAACAGCUGCACAAACUGUGCUUAUUAUCAGAUUACAAUGGAAUGUAAACUCUAGUACAGAUUUAUUUUUCCAAACUUCCUCAUGAUAACCAUCUCCACAACUUGUCUAAUUUAAUUUAUUCUUUUCAAAUAGGUGAAUGUAUGUUCAUGAAUUUUAAAAACAGCAGAAAAAUUAUUUUUGAAUACAUUCAGGGGAAAGCCAUGAAGUUCAUUUCAUUUUAUGUUCAGAAGUGGAUGUGUAUUUAAUCUUGCCUGAGACAUGAGCUAGACACUAAGUGUGACUUUGCUCCAAAAUAUUUCCAAUAAAUAAUUAUUCUACUACUUUUAGGGACUUAUGAAACAUACUAUAUGGGCUCUACCAUUAUGUGAUUUCCUAAUUAUUUUUUCCUGUAUAAUGCAAACAUGUCGUACUGUUGCUUUCAUGUAAAACCUAAUCUCCAGAGGUCAUUGUAAAUUUGUAUGAGUAUCUGUGCUGGAGGUUUAUCAAAAAAAGUAUUUUGUACUGUUUUCAUCAUCCUCACCUGUGAACCCUUAGAGCGACAUUUUCCUGAGACACUUAAUUUUUUUCUCAUAAUUGUGUUACUUCUAGUGACCAGGAGUAUUUGCUUAAAACUAGGACAUUUGGGAAGGAAGCAGAAUGUAUACUACACAGGGCUAUUUAAUGAUACUAAAUGAUAUUAAAUUUAUAGCCAAUUGGAAUAUGGACACUGAAAGACAGAAUGUUUGCAUUUAGAACAUUACUAUUUUAUAUAAGGAUAAAUGAGUACUUGGCAAAACAUGCUAUUAUCUUGGGGGGUUACUAAAUAAUGGUUUAUAUUAUAAAUGAUUAUUUUAUACUCUGCGUGGUGAAUAUGGUGAAACUACAUUUCCUGCUUUGGAUUUUUUUUUCUUGAUGUAUCUUUCCAUAUUUAUCAUGUGCAGCUCUGUAGUUGACAUAUUAACUUUGCCUAAGGAAAGUGAAUAGAAGCCUGAUUCUCUUACUGAACUCUUGCAGGGAAAGUGCAUCCUACAUUGAUAGUUAGUCAUUUUCAUAACUAGAAAAGUAUUUUUAAAAAAUUCUAUGUUUCGAGCGUUAUGUGUCAAGAAGUAGCCACAGAGAGUAUUAUCAAAGUCAAUUGCAGUUAACCCAAUGACUGGUAAGUUUGGGGGAAAAGAAGUCUAGAUAAAACUUUUUUAAGAAGGAUCUUACCAAGAUUUCAGUGAGAAGUAUUUUAAGGUCUGUUUCAUUUUUUAAAAAAAUGAAUUGUUCAUGACGCUGAAAAUUUUA